GACUUCCGGCCAGCCGGAAGAGUCUCGACUUCCGGGUUUUCUCAGUGGGCGAGAGAGGGGCGGGCAGGGCGCCGCGGCUGCGGCCAUGGAGAAGCUGCGGCGGGUCCUGAGCGGCCAGGACGACGAGGAGCAGGGCCUGACCGCGCAGGUCCUCGAUGCCUCGACGCUUAGUUUCAACACCAGGCUGAAGUGGUUUGCCAUAUGCUUCGUCAGCGGCAUCUUCUUCUCCAUCCUUGGAACUGGAUUGCUGUGGCUCCCUGGAGGCAUAAAGCUUUUUGCCGUGUUUUAUACCUUUGGAAAUAUUGCUGCAUUAGCCAGUACAUGCUUUUUAAUGGGACCUGUGAAACAACUGAAGAAAAUGUUUGAAACAACGAGAUUGCUUGCAACAAUUUUUAUGCUUCUGUGUUUUGUGCUCACCCUGUGCGCUGCUCUUUGGUGGCAUAAGAAGGGGCUGGCCGUAUUAUUCUGCAUAUUGCAGUUCCUGUCGAUGACCUGGUAUAGUCUGUCAUACAUCCCAUAUGCAAGGGAUGCAGUAAUUAAGUGCUGUUCUUCUCUCCUGAGCUGAAAGCUAUUUGCAAAGAAGAAAACUGUUUGAAAAGACCUUUUGAAAAUUGGUGUUCUGUUUUUGGUGCAGUGUCCUUUUCCUGAUACAGUGAUCACUCCAGAAAACUGCACUGACCAUCUAAGAUCGUUUUGUAUACUGAUAAAACUACAUACCCAUUAAACUGUUAAAUGCUUGUGACAGUAAAUUCAUUAUGUGCCAUUAAUACGCUCUGACGAGAUUUUAAUCAUUGCCAACUGUAAAUGAUUUUUAGCCAGUUUUUAAAUCCUUUUUCUAAACAGCAUUUGAGAUGUGAAUAUUUAAGGAUAAACCUACGCUUCAAGAUAUAUUCAGCUGUUUUGGUGGUUUUUAAGGGUCUACAUUUUAAAAAUAUCUUUUUAAAAUAAAAACUUUAAAUGUGAAAACUUUUACUUUAAGCUAAACCGCUUUAUUGUAUGUAAUAAAAAAUAAUAUAUAAAUCUUCAUAAUUUUGAAAUAAACCUACACUUGGAAAAAACA